AUGGUUUCGUGUGCAGAGAAAUAUGUCAGUAAACAACACGUUAUAGCUGAUCGUCUACGAUUGACCUCGAGUCCAUUGGUGCGUGCAUGUUUGGGCGAAUUCAUGGGUUCAAUUAUCCUAUUGAUCUUUGGUAAUGGUGUGUUAGCACAAGUAAUUCUGGGUGAUCACGGCAAACAAGCUCACGGAACAUUCAUUUCAAUUAGUUUGGGAUGGGGUUUCGCAGUAUAUAUGGCUGUGAUCUUCUCUGGACAAUGUGGUUCCGGACACUGUAAUCCAGCUGUCACAUUGGCAUCUGCAAUCGUGGGGAAACUACCAUUUCGACGUAUACUGUUCUAUACACUGUUUCAAGUACUCGGUGCUUUCCUCGGUGCAUUGGUUGUGUUCGCAGUGUAUCGGGAGAAAAUCAUGGAAUAUGCUGUAACACACGAUAAUGGAAAGUUGUUGUUGAAUUCGACAGGUGGUAUAUUUGUCACCAAUCCAUCUGCAUCUCAUCUGACAUGUUUUCUGGAUCAAGUUCUGGGUACUGCGUUGUUGACAGCAGGAGCGUUUGCCAUCACUGAUCCGAAUGGAUGGAAACUUCCAGACCACUUGCACCCUCUACAUCUGGCAUUUCUAGUGUAUGCUCUGGUUGGUUGUUUUGCAUUGAAUGCUGGAGCUGCUUUAAAUCCAGCUCGUGAUCUCGGACCGAGACUGAUGAUAUUUCUAUUUGGUUGGGGUAACCAAGCAUUCAGUGGAGCAGAUUAUUUCUUCUGGAUACCGAUCGCUGGACCAUAUAUCGGAGCAGUGAUUGGCGCAGUCUUAUACGAAUUAACCAUCGGCAUACAUUUGGAUCGGAAACCGGAAUUCGUUGUAAAUACGGAUUAUGAGGAUACACGGCGUGAUAGUAAACUGUUAGCAUCCUAUUCAUCACCUAAUCCUUCACAAUUAUAACUCAUCACUUUCCGCACUCACACACAGACACACACAGUCCAAUCAUUGUCGAUACAUCACAAUUACUGUUACAUUUUGUUUGUGACUUUCUAAAUAUUUGACAUUGUACAUUGGUGAGUUGUUUCACUUUUUAUCCCGAUCAGUUGACCAUUCAACAUCCACAUUGUGAUACAUGAUGUUGAUGAAUCAGAGACACAAAUAAACAAUUUGAUCUUUUCAGUAAAAUUCAAUAAAUUGAUUGUAUUUGUUU